AUGGCUAACGAGCUCCUGCAUGGCCAGUACAUCAUCACCUCUGUGGCAGACCAAGAAAACCUCGGUGUUUCCAUUAUUGUACCACUCAUUUUCCCCCCGCCUCCCAUUCCAGUCAUAGUCCUCCCCGAAGGCGUUGUGCCUCCCAAGUUUACGAUCGAGCCGGUCAAUGGAGGGAACAACACAUAUGUUAUCCUUGUCGACAAAAGGAACACUCGCGGUCAAGACGAGCGUGUCUUUGCCUUUGAAAACGAACCUGCCGAGGAGUGGGUUAUCAUCUACAGAGAGCCUCAGAAUGCAUACACCAUCGAAAGGAGGGGUGGACCUCUUGGAUGGACUGCUCCGCCGCGCGAAGAGCCCCUUCCCGAGCGUCAGAUUCUCCUCAGCCCCCUGAUUGUUCGACCAUCCGAACCCCCUCAAUUCCUCCCUUCCCAGCUGUUCAGAUUGACACGUGUACUUCUAGAGUGA